GUACUUUUAACUCUUUUAUUCCCUCCCCUCCGUGCUCCUUAACUUCCCAAGAUAACCUUCUCGUUUUGCCUUUUAACCAUCGUUUCUUUCCUGCAAAAGUGCCUUUUGGAAGUCAACCCGACCACACUUUUUUUUUUUUUUUACCGGACAGCAGAACCUUUGUUUCAUCUAAUCUUCGGCACUUGACGCUCCGCGCCCUGAUUGCACCGCGCCUGCAGUUCAAUGACACCUCUACCCGGUCAAAUAGACCCUAGCGACGUUUGCCUUUUCUUUUUGUUGUUGUUGUUGUUGAUUGCUGUUACAGACAUCAACCGACACAUGUAUGCGUAAUUAAUGAACCCCCACGAUCCGCCAAACGAGGACUAGAAGGAGAGGAUCUGACGAGGAGAAAAGCGAUGAAGCUCGUUUGCCAUGUCUAAGACAGCGGUGAAGAAGCAGCACUGGCGUUCCAAGGUGCAGGACAGUUUCGUCCCCUUGCUAGGCUCGUCGGGGGAGCUGGGGAUCGCCAUCGGUGGAGGAGCAGACUAUGGAGAGUUUCCCUUCGUCACCUCUGCUCCAGGGGGCGGACUCACAGUGGGCGAUAUCAUCCUAGAGAUUGGGGGAACACCAGUAUUAGGGAUGACAUUAGGAGAUGUCCGUGGUGUCCUCAACUCCUGCCCCCAUCCUAUCCGCAUCAAAACUGUGUCACCAGGCUCCACAUUGUGCAAGGAUCUCAGGUUGUAUCUGAGUAAGUGCUUCACACCCGGCUCAGUGGACAGCCAACUUCAGCAGGUCAUUCGAGAGAAUCUCUACCUCCGUGCUGUACCUUGUACAACCAGACAGGCCAGAGAUGGGGAAAUCUCAGGGGUAGACUACAACUUUGUGUCCAUCGAGGAGUUCUUCUCCUUGGAGGAGUCGGGAGCGCUGCUUGAGAGUGGAAAGUUCAAAGGGAAUUACUACGGCACACCUCGACCCGUUCACAUCAGCGCAGAGAGCCCCCCCAUCACCUACCAGGAACACCGCAACCUGCUCAGAAACUUCCGCACACGCAGCAAAUCGCUCAGCAACCUCGAGAAGACUGCAGAGGACGGCGAGAACAGCGAGGACGACUCAGGUCUAUCAGGAGGCUCUGCAGGUGUCAGCAGCAGCGCCCCUCCUUUCCAUCGGUCCCCCGUUCGGCCCCGGGCAUCCAGCAGCGGGGAUGGUCGUGCCAUAGAGAACGGGAUCAUCGGCAGCAGAAGUGGUGUCAGGGUGAGAGGAGUGAUGCCGGAUCACUGGGAGCUGGCCUUCAGUGACCCAGGAGAGUCUCACUACAUAGAUCGCAACCCGAGGAGGACCAGCUGGCAGAGUCCUCGAGCCUCAAGCAGGGAGACUGUCUAUAAAAAUGAAUGGUUCACAGACCAGCCUGGGGAGCUCAGGGGUUUCCCUGUGCACACACACUUGACCAAGGGCUCCAGAGGGUUUGGUUUCAAUAUUGUAGGGGGCAGCAGGCCAAGGGAGUUCCUUCAGGUCUACAGUGUGACUGCAAGUGGACCCUCAGCGCUCAAGACAGCGGACAUCCUGGUGUACAUCAAUGACGUUUGUGUGUUAGGAGUGUCUCACAAAGAGGUGGUAGAGAUGCUCAAGUCGGUGCCUGUGGGCCACAGUGUGGAUGUAGAGGUUAGAAGAGGGUAUCCCAUGCUCUACAAUCAUGACGGUUGUCCCAAGCAGCCCCCGCCAAGGCUACUGGACAGCGGAGACCCCAUCCUACCACCCACCACCACCCAGCCUCAGCCUCUUCACCAACUACCUCGCCUCCCAACACCCACUCCCCAAGCCCAGCACUUUAAUUUUAACGGGGUCCACAGUGACGGGAGCUACAUGGAACCAGGGAUGACUCUAGACUCUAAUGGAAAUGCCACGUCCUUCGCCACCAGACAGCCGCCCUCAUACAGACGCUCCAGUAUGAGCAACCCUGCCCCCUCCUCCUCACCCAUGCGUCCUCCUCGUUCCCUGAGAAGUUUAGCCAGGCUGCAGUCAUUCGACCCAACGCUUGCCAGCCAGAGUGACAGUGAAGUUGUUUCUGCCAUUGGUUCACACAGGGCAUCAAUGAUCCGUAAUCACAACAACAACUCCCUCUCGACACCCCCUCAUCCUUUUCGUUAUGGCACGUCCAAGUCAUCUGAGAGUGAUCUGUCCACCUGCACCCUGUCGGGGUCCCGGCUGCCCCUGCCUCAGUCACCGAGGAGGCCGAUGUCAUCCCCCGGUGGCCCCCAUAGCGUGCACUCCCACCUCUUCAGACCGCAGACCUCACUCAGACCACCCCCAACCCCUGACAGCCCUCACCACCGAGGCUUCAAUGGUUUCCAUGGCAACUCCAGCCCCACUGCGAGCCCCAGCAGUGUGUCCUCUCCUGGGGCGAUGAGUAUGGGCAGUUUCAGCGGAGGGGAGCUGGUGCCGGUGGCCUUGGCCCAGACUGAAGGAGACCGAGGACUUGGCUUCAGCGUGACGGCUGGCGGACCAGGAGGCAGGAUAACUAUAGUGAAAAGAGUCUGGGACAGGAAGCAGUGCAACUCCCUGCAGCCAGGGGAUGCUAUUGUCAAAAUCAACGGAGCGGAUGUCCAGAGUCUUAGCUUUGCACAGGUACAAACAGUUCUCCUGGAACACACCAAACAGGCAGAAGUCAUCUUGUUGGUUUACAGAGGAGGCAUCUAUCAUUCAACUGUCUCCCCUGGCUCUAAUCGGAGACUCCCUCCACCUCUACUCCGCCCCCCUCCUCCACCUUCAGACAACUCCUCUGUGCUCCCGGAAGUGCUGCCUAUGCCCCGUACUUCCAUUAGCACCCCUCCAUCCCCAGCGUUGAUGCGUUCCUCGCUGAUCCAGAGCACGAGUUUCUUGGAGUCGAUUCCAGUGACCCUGACCAUGGAACCCAAAGACUGGAUCAACACGGGCCUAGAGGACGAGGCAGGUGGAGUCACAGUGCCUGAUUCAGGUCUGGAGAGGCAGGGUGGCGAACGAACUCGGCCUCUCCGUGGGUUUGAUGUGGAGCUGAGGAGAAAGCCAGGAGAGGGAUUUGGGUUCGUCAUUGCCUCUCAGGAUGUGGAGAAUGGCAAAGCUGCUUCACUUCUCCCUCACCGGUUUGUGACAGUCCGUCGAGGCAGCCCAGCGUCCAAGAGUGGUCAGAUCCGGCCUGGAGAUCGAUUAGAGGCAGUGGAGGGACGCUCAGUGGUGACUCUGCCUCAUCGGGAGCUUGCUCAGAUCCUCCGUCGAGCGGGAAAUACUCUACGUCUCACCAUUGUCCCCCGUCCCAGCACCUAUACUUCAAGCCUUUCAGCAGAAACCACUGAGCAUGAACCCGGUCACAGAAGCAAAAAGGGUCAGAGGUCACGUCCAAAGCGUGAUUCAAGGUAUUACAGUGUAGACCUGGAUCGUGGCCCCUCAGGCUUCGGCUUCAGCCUCCGAGGGGGCAGUGAGUAUAACAUGGGCCUCUACGUCCUGGGACUGAUGGAGGGGGGGCCGGCAUCACGCAGUCAGAAAAUGCAGGUCAGUGAUCAGCUUGUAGAGAUCAAUGGAGACAGUACAGCAGGGAUGACCCACAGCCAGGCGGUCGAGCAGAUCCGCAGAGGAGGCCACCGCAUACACCUGGUGCUCAAGAGAGGAAACGGCUACGUGCCUGACUAUGGCCGUGAGCACAGAAUCACCUCCCCCUCCCUCCUGCGUCACCCCAAGGAGCAGGGUUUGGCUGCAGUAGACUCCACCGGGCGGAAGGGGCACAGCUCCAAGCAGAAGAGGAGAAGCAGGUCUUCAAAUGUACGUGAGAGAGGGGAACAGACGGAAAGAAGAAGGAGGGGAGCUGUCUCAGAGGGAGGAGGGCGCUUGGCUUUACAAAGCCCCAUCUCUAAGCGCAGAGAGGGGUCUCGGGAAGCCAGGGACAAAAAGAGGAGGAGGAGAAAAAGGGGCACUCAGAGUUUACCAAGAGAUGCCCUCGGGAAUCAUGAUGAUAGUGAGACGGAAAGAGGGACAGUGAGGGGAAGGAAAAGGGAGAGGGAGAGGGGAAGGAGCAAAACCAGAGGAAGGAAAAGUAAAAGUGAGGAGAGGGUGAGGAAGCCAGAGGCUGAAGAGCCUGAGCAACAGGAAGAGCAGGAGGUACCUGCUGUUGAGGAAAAGGUGGAAGAAAAGACGGAGGAGUUGGAGGAGAGAGUCAGUUUAGAGACUGAAGAGGGUGAAGACAAUGUUUUCCUGCCCAUUCCAAGUCCUCACCAAAAGCUUCCCAGUCCCAAACUAAACUGGGAGGUGGAGAAUGAGGAAAACGGGGAGGUGGAGAAUGAUGAAAACGGGAAGGUGGAGAAUGAUGAAAACGGGGAGGUGGUAGCAGAGUACAGGGAGCUGAGGAAAGAGAAGGAGCAGGAGAGGUCAUGGGGCGAUGACAGGGGUGAAAAUAGUGAGACAGAGCUGAAUGAGGAUCAGAAAGAUGAAGAUGCACAGAGCGAGCGUGCCGAGAGGCGUUUACCAAGUGUUGCUGUGAUAGAUCCGGUGUCACAGAGAAAGCCCUUCUCCUUCCUCACCUCCACACUGUCCAUAGGGCAGCUGGGGGACGAUGAGUCAGAGUCAGAAGGCAGCCAAUCUGACAGCAGCGUGUCUGCUGCCAGCAUCUCAGGCCUUUCUCUGGCCGCCACAGAAGCAGGCGGACGCAGGGCCAAGGUGCUGCCAGGCCCCUGGCUCGCACCCAGCCAGCAGAGGGUGGCUCAGGUCAUAGAGGGGAGCGAGCACCUUAGGAGGCGGACGGGGCAGGGAGGAGGAAGAAGCGCUGUCUCUUGAUUUUUAACAGGAAGUAGAGCAUGCAGCAGCUGAACAACACCGUAUCAGAUUCUGUCAGUUUCACACUGUUAGACCUCGACUUGUUUUCUGCAGCUACCCACACUACCAACAUUUUCUCUCAGUCACUUUGAUAUCUACAGUAGUAUGAAGUCAUAUUCUUUGUGCCUUUUUACAGCUGACCUCUGGCUGAUGUUAAAUGUCAAUAUCACAUUCUUACAUGGUAAAGUUAUGUCUGUUUGGUUGGUGAAUCAGCAGCGACAUUGUCUUUCUUUCUGAGGCACUGUCACCCUCACUAUGUUUCACUCCUCCUCUUUACAUUUGCAGCAUUUGUUGUAGAUGUUUCCAAGACAAUAAGGUAUUUCAGAAACCUUUGUUUAUCCUACUUCCUACGUCUCAGUCACCUCUCUGCAUCUCUGUCUUCAAGAUAACUUUAGCAGUGUCCUUUCUGAAGAACCCCCUACUGUACAAAAACUGCAUAGACACUCUAUUAUACCUCAUGAAGAUACUGAGCAAUAAUGAUGCAAACUGUACAAGACUAUCAGCCAUCUAUUUCCACUGCACCACGCCGAUCUGGUCUGAGAGGAAACCGUGUAACAUGUUUGUACAAUAUUUGUCUUAUGUGGACACUUGCCUCGACUUGUAAUGUUGUUCCGUAUAACUGAAUAUUUGAUUGUGAUAAUGCAAAUCCCCUUUGACAGCAGGUGUGAAAUCUAUAUUCUGUAAAUAUUCGUAGAGGAAUAAAUGAGAGAACCUAUUGUAAAUAAUAUACUAACUGGAGCAAAGCCCUGAUUUGUAUUACCAUAUUGUAAUACAUCAUAAGUCUAUAUAUAUAUAUAUAUAUAUAUAUAUAUAUAUAUAUAUAUUUAUAUAUAUCUAAACAUAUGCAGUAUAUCUAUAUAUUACAUACAACAGCUACCCAAUCAUAUCAUUUAAUAUUGUGUGUUGAGAAUUUAAUGUGAAAAUUGGUAUAUAGCUUUUGUGAAGGCUGAAAAUGUAAACAGAACUAUAUUGUAACUGCCCUAAUUCAUACAUGAAUGUUUUGUAAUAUGCUGCUUGAGUGCGGAUAAGGAUACUCUAUGUUGUACCCUACUUCAGAAGUCAGCAAAAGAUGCCAAAAAUAUGCAUCCAGUGUGCAUAUUUCUUGUACUGUUAAUAUUGUGUAUGUGGGGUCAGAACAAAACCACUAUCUAGAUUCCAGAGAGUGCUGUGCCCAUCGUGCCACGUACAGUUGCCUUGGUAACAUAAACCACUUUAUCCUAACCACUGAUUUUUCUUACUGUGAAAACCCUUUGCUCUGAGGUCUCAAACACAAGAGAGGUGGGCGGGCCGUUUAGUAAUUUCAGUCAUGCCAAAAAAGGCCCCUUACUGUAAAUCCACAAAAUAUAAUAAUAAUAAUAAUAAUAAUAAUAAGAGGAAGAAGAAGCCUCUGCAGAAUCUGAGCUCAGUGUCGCGUCUAAGAUGGCAAAAUAGCACAUCCUUUUGUUUUGCUCUCUUUUUUAAAAAUUCUGUUAUGGAACAAAAAAAACAAACAAAAAAAAAAAACAAGCUGAAUGGAUACUGUGAGAUGUUAUUUUUCUAUGAAAUUAUCUUUUUUGAAAUACUCAGGUUUUACAGAUACUUUGCUCUCUAGAUAAGCCAUUAGGAAGAAAAGCUACAAAGUGACUUCACACCGUUUUUCACAACACAGAGUGGGUUCGUAUUAUUUAAAUGUUAAAGCACUGUUACGUUCGUUCUUUGACGGCAGCAUUAGGAGACGCAGACUGUUACAGAUGUUUGUUACCAGCCCAUAAUUAUCUAAAGAUUGAUGCUAUAAGUGAAGUCCUCCCUUCAUUUGUACCCAUUUUGAACCAACCGCAGAACUCAGAUGAAUUGCUUGGUGUGCCCUGCCCAUUUGUUUGCUGUGCUGCCCAGAAAUGGUAGUACAGUGAUAAAGCAAACAUACUGUUCCCCCCCCAAAAAAACCAAUGACCACACAGAGUAGUUUGGUAGCCUAUAUGUAAGACUUAUUUUAUAACGUUUGCUAAUGUUCUUUUUUUAGACUUUCAUUUCCUAAGGGAUUAUUAUAUCGCCGGACUGUAAACAUAUUCUAAUAAAACUCCAAAUAAACUGCUGAACCAAUUUC